AAAAAUGGCUUUAACUUAUUGUGGAGACAAGGCAGGAAUGGCUUCUCUCGAUAUGAAUCGAAUUAAAAGAAUAAUUGCGGAUAAUACUGGACAGGACUUUCAACACCAUGAAAAACAAGUCGAAAAACAAGUUGAAGAACGGGUUAAGAAUAAAUGUGAAAUGCUUUCUUAUGCAACUAAUGAACAAUUAAAAAGGCUGGAAGAUGAGGCGGACAGUGUAGCUAUCAAAAUGGAAGAACAUCGCUCCAUAAAUAAAUUUUGGGUUCAUAUAGAUAUGGAUGCUUUUUAUGCUUCUGUGGAAUGUCGCGACAAACCAGAAUUAAGGACUGUUCCAAUGGCCGUGGGUGGUGAUUCUAUGUUGGCAACUUCAAACUAUUUGGCACGCAAAUUCGGUGUAAGAUCAGCAAUGCCAGGAUUUAUUGCCAAAAAAUUAUGUCCAGACCUAGUAAUUGUUCCUUGCGAUAUGCACAAAUACAUUCGGGAAAGUAAUAUUGUAAGAAGUAUAUUUCAGUAUUAUGACCCGAAUAUGUUUAUGGGAGGCUUGGAUGAGGCCUAUUUGGAUUUGACUGAUUUUGUUGGACAAAGAAUAUUUCCAGUUAAAUGCAAAAGAAUUCGUUAUACUGGUGAUUGUAUUUGUCGACUUCCUUUAAUUCCUUCUAAUCAAAAUAUUUCUGAAGAUGCUGAACGUGUUGUAAUAAUUUGUAAUCGUUGCAACAAGGAAAGAAUUGCAAUAAUUGAUUAUGUUGUUUUUGGUACUGGAUUGGAUGAUAUAGUUAAUCAAAUACGUUUUGAAGUUGAACAAUUGACUGGAUUGACUUGUAGUGCUGGAAUAGCAACAAACAAAAUGCUUGCCAAAAUCUGUACUGAUUUAAAUAAACCAAAUGGCCAAUUUUAUUUGGAAGCUGAUCGUUACAAAAUUGUUGAUUUUAUGAAUUCUCUAAAAAUUCGAAAAGUUCCAGGAAUUGGGCCAAAAUGUGAGGCUAUUUUAAAGUCUAUUGGAGUGGAAAAAUGUUCAGAUUUAUUUGAAAAAAGAGCAAAAAUACGUUAUAUAUUUACUAAUCUACAUUCUGAAUGGCUUUUAAAAGUUUCUUUGGGUUUGGAUGCUUGGGAAAUUGAUAAAGGAAGUAACCAAAAAAGUGCGGGUAUUGGAAGAACUUUUGCUCCAAAACAAAAUUUUACGGAACUCUGUCAAAUCCUUUACAAACUUUGUCGUAAACUUAUAAAAUCAUUGCCUUCUUCUAGAAUUGUUGGGGGACGUUCAGCUACAUUAUCUAUAAAAUUUGCAACAUUUGACUACAUUACAAGAUGUAAAUCUGUUGAUUUUGUUAUUCAAAAUGUUGAGAUGCUUUACCCAAUAGUUGAGGGUCUUUUAAAAAAAGAAUUGGUUGGAAGACAUGAUGCGAUUCGUUUAUUGGGUGUUCGCCUUUCUGAUCUUAUUUUUGAUGGAUUUAAUUUUGAUGAAGAAAAUGGAGGAGAGGAAGAAGAAGAGUUACAACAAGGGGUGUCAAAUUAUUUAAUUAAAUUUUAG